UUAGUCUUGUAAUAAUAAAAAAGAAAUCUGACGUGGAAUGACAACGAAUUUUGAUUGGUUUAUAAGGUAAAUGCAUAUAUAUAUAUUUUUUCACACAUCAAUAAACCUUUCGUUUUGUUGCAGACAAACAAAUCCCCAAGUCCUAACACACAGAUUAAGAUCGAAAGAAAAUGGACGCCAUUGAUUCUGUUUUCGAUCCACUCAGAGAAUUCGCUAAGGACAGCGUAAGGCUCGUCAAGCGAUGCCACAAACCCGAUCGCAAAGAAUUCUCUAAGGUUGCUGUGCGCACUGCCAUCGGUUUCGUUGUGAUGGGAUUCGUUGGCUUUUUCGUUAAGCUCAUUUUCAUCCCAAUUAACAACAUCAUCGUUGGAUCUGGUUAGGAUAAUGGAAACUACAAUCGCCUCAGGAAAUCAAGUUGUGAAGCGUAUGGGGGCAGUAGGGGUUCCCAGUUUAAUAGAACAUUCAGUGCACUUAAUCUUAGUUAUGUAUUCAGUUUUGUUUUUCCAUAUUUCUUUUUUUCUAAAACAUCACAGUUCAACAACAUGUAAAAUUUUAUUUUUACAUGGGUUAGGCUUUUGACCCAUUGUUCAAGGAGCAAAGCGUUUAGAUAUGGAACUAUAAUUUGGCUUUGAUAA